AUGCACACCUCGUCAUCGGCACACACCCUCUUGAACCGGCACGGCUGGUUCACUCCGUUAUUGUCACACAGCCAGGGGCAGGGGCGGCGCCUGGGGGUGCAGUCAGGAGGUGGGGGGGAUGAUGUGGCGGGCGAGGGAGGGGGAGUGGAGGGAGGAGGAGGCGAGGGAGGGGGAGGAGAGGGAGGAGGAGGCGAGGGAGAGGGAGGAGAGGGAGGAGGAGGCGAGGGAGGGGGAGGAGAGGGAGGAGGAGGCGAGGGAGGGGGAGGAGAGGGAGAAGGGGGAGAAGGGGGAGGAGGGGGAGAAGUAGGAGGAGGGGAAGGAGGGGGGGGUGGGGGGGAUGAUGUGGCAGGCGAAGGAGGGGGGGGUGGGGAGGCAACACCCGGAGGAGGUGGCGGGGAGGCCUUGUCUGGGGGAGGUGGGGGCGAUGACGUGGCAUUGGCAGGAGGAGGAGGUGCGGAGGCAACAACCGGAGGAGGCGGUGAGGGGGAAACACGUGGUGGAGGGGGUGAGGAGGCAACACCUGGAGGAGGGGGUGAGGAGGAAACACCUGGUGGAGGCGGUGCGGAGGCAGUUUGA